AGACAAAGUCGAAACGAGCAAAGCAGCAAACAAGAUGAGAAUUUGGCAGUAAGAGCAGUGAGCAGUGAGUAGCAGAGUGUCUUUGUUGGUGCAGUAGGUUUUAUUUUAGUGACAAAUUAUUUAUGUAUGGAUAAUAUCAACAUGUCUUCUUUGAGACCGGGAAGGACUAAAAUUUCUACAAACAAUUUAACCAAGUAUUUUUUCGUGAUUGUAGUGUUUUAUUUAGUUGACAAUGUAUCGUGUGGCAGACAAAAACAGAGGAUCGUCGAUACCAGAAAAGUAUUGGAUGUGCCCAAUACACAACAAAGUGUUAUGCCUUUCGAACAAAUACGAUACAGUGUUGCAAAUGUUUCAAACAAUUAUAAAAGUUCGACAAAAUUCCAUCACCGAGGAAUGGGACAUCUUUAUUUCUUGACUCACCAAUUCAUCAAUCUGAUACUGAAGGGACAAGCUUAUCCUGAAGGUUUCAUCUACGUGAACUCUGCCAACCAGCUGAAGGUGGCGGACGUACAGACAGAGUGGCGCGCAUUCGCGUCGCACUAUGGUGUGAUGUUGGCGGUGCUGGGUGCGGCCUGCCUCUUCAUCGUGGUCAUGCCCAUAGCGGGGCUGCUCUUCUGUUGCUGCCGCUGUGCGGGCAGGUGCGGUGCUCGCACCCAGCCCUUUGACAAGCGCUACGACCCCUGCAAGCGACACACCAUCGGGUUCCUGCUGUCCGGCGUCACUAUACUUAUCAUGUUUGGUGUUGUAUGUGCAUUCGUAACCAAUGAAUACUUGGAGGAAGGUGCUCAGAACUUACCAGAGAACAUUCGGACCUCUUUGAGAGAUACGGAGUUGUAUCUCAACAACACCAAAUUGGAGGUCAACAACCUAUUGAUCACAAAUUUCGGUGAAUUGAAUACAACACUCAAUAGAAUUUUACAUGAGAGCGGCCAAAUAGUGAAGGAGAAGUUGGGCGAAAUUUCGAAAGCGGAAGUUUUAACAAAUCUGACAUCAAUCGUGGUUGGUCUGAGUGCCAUCAGGAAUGAUCUGUACAACAUAGACUCUCUCACCAGGCAACUGCAGGAGAAGGCCAUGGAACUUGAGCAAGCAUUGAGUGAAACUCGUCAAAGAUUGGUUGAGAAGCUUUUGGAGUGUCUCAACCAGCGGCCCUGUAUUGAGUUUGUCAGGACCUACAAUAUCACUUAUCUCUCCUUGGAAGCUAAUUUCACUCAGUUACUUGAUACGUAUUUACCCAAGCUUCCUGACGUGACUGCCAGUCUGCAGAAUAUUUCAGCUCUGAUGGAGAACGAUAUUGAAGCAGAAGUAAUCAGAGGCAAAAACGAAUUUGAAAAAGUGAAAACGCACAUUCAGACCAAUGUUGACGAGAACAUCCCUAAAAUAUCCAAGAAUAUUGAAAGAGCAGGAGUUGCUAUACGCGAAGGUGCUGAGAAAAUAACAGCGGUACUAGACAAAGUGCAAAAAAUGCUAUCUGAGCGUGCUUUCCAUCCAGUUGAUACCGGAGAAGAGUAUCUACGCGAAUAUGGAGAAUACAGAUACUACGUGGGGCUGGGCGUGAGCUGCACUGUGCUGGUGGUGCUGUGUUGCCUGACAUUCGGCCUGUUCUGCGGCUACUGCGGCCGGCGACCCGACAGCGGCUACAACGAUGACUGCUGUGACAAGGGCACCGGUGCUCACUUCCUCAUGCUAGGAGUGUGGGUGAUGUACCUGUCAGCUGCUGCACUGAUGGCGAUCACAGUGAUCUACUUCAUCUCUGGCGUGAGCGCGCAGUUCACAGUUUGCCAGCCGCUGCAGAACCCGAGCGAUUCGCGCAUCUUCUCACUCAUCGACAAAAUGGUGCAUCUCGACAACAUCUACAACACUCGCGAGGGACGCGCACCUCCGCUCAAUGUCAGCUCUGUUAUCAGGAGUUGCCACCAGAACGCGAGCAUUUACAAGGUGCUAAUGCUGGAACAACUAGUGGACAUAUCUCAGGUGACCAACUAUGCUUCGCACUACAACAUAUCGGAGCGCAUCAAUGAACUGAUCCGCAACAUUCGUCUCGACCAGAAAGUCAACAUCCUCACGCCCAAUGCUGAGAGACAACUUCAUCGGCUCGCUAACUCUUCCCUCAACAACAUUGAUAUCCAAAAGUAUACGAAUGUGCUCAACGAAAAAAUAACUUCCAUCGAUCUCCAACAACUCGCGAACGCCCUCUAUGAAACUGAGAAGAAACUUCCUGCUGAGCAGAAAACUAUCCGCAACUCGCUGCGAAUCCAAGCGCAGUACCUGGAGCUGCACCAACGCCAGCAGGUGCAGUCGAUGCUGGAGCUGUCGCGCUACCUGGAGGGCAACUCGACGCAGCUCAACGAGCAUCUUCGCUUCAACCACUCGUCGCUCAGCGACGCCGUGAACAAUAUGCUACGGCAGAUCGAGGAGGCACAGACAUUCCUCAACACCAAGGGACCGCAGAUUGUUGGCAAGCUUGCUGAGGAGUUUGGUCGUGAAUUGGUGCAGCAUGUUGAGAACUAUCUGGCUCGAGUUGUGUCGCACACUGAACUCGAUGUGGGCAAGUGCCAUCCGCUCUCCCUCAUCUACAACGCCACUGUCGUCUCCGGUUGCAACAACAUUCUCGAUCCAUUUAAUGGUUUCUGGAUGAGCAUCGGUUGGAUUCUGGCUCUCUUCAUUCCAGCGAUUAUCUUCUCAGUCAAACUAUCGUCGUUGUAUCAGAAGUCCGACCCAUAUCCAGGACCUCUGGUUGAAGCUGAAUACCUGUACGAUGCUUACGCCGACCGAGACAAUAUUCCUCUGGCAAACGUGCAUGGCAAAAAGAAGAAGAGCAACCAGCGCCGCUUCCAGGAGACGUAUGAGAACUCGGGGUCGGGAACAGCAGCCACAGCUGACUACAGCGGCCAUCUUGGCAGGGACAGAGCGGGGGUUGGAGCGCCGCCCUCAGCCGGCGAGAACCGCUUUGCCGAUAUUGCUCCCAAGCACUGGGAUUACCAGAAUGGUGGACCACCCAGAUUCCACACUCCGCCAUUGUCCACUGAAUAUGAGAGACCGCCACCUUACUACUACCCUGGACCAGCUCCAAAUGGGCGAGACUAAAUUGCUACUACUACUACUGCUAAGAGCAAACUGCAGCCUGGAAUGAUAGCUGCUUGUGGCGACAAAUGAUUGGUGUAAAUAUGAUCGACCUUGAAAUCAGUGACUGAUUUUACAACUUUGACAUCACUUUUUGUUAGCUGAUACUGCCCAACUGAAGGCACUCGCCCGCCAUCUCUGCCAUUUCUUGUCAUCUCUUUUAUAUAUUUGACAGAUAGAUAUUAUUGAUAUAUAUUACUCGUGUAUGUAGAAUUCCCUUUUUAUCCAUUUGAGACUAUUGUUCAUUGUUUAAUCCCUUUGUGAUUUAUUAGAUCUUCGAUAAAUAAUACUCGAGCAUUUAUAUAGUUUUUUCUAAGAGAAUUGUUAGUUUGAUAGAUUUUUCCUGGUUUCAAUAAUAAUUAAUUAUUGUCAAUUCAGUUCUUUGAAAUCCAAAGACGUAGGAGAUGGUAUUGAGAAAUAUUCUCUCCAUCAUUGUAAAUAGUUUCAAUGUAUGUUCGGUUUGUAUAAAAUUAAAGUGAUUAUAUUACAGCUUGUCAUUCGAAAAUUCAAUUCUCUCUUUUACUAUUAUACGUAUUCCUUAUUUUGAUUUUUUUGUCAAUAUUCUGAACAGAAUUGAAGCAAGCUUAUUGACAAAAAAAUCAACUUUCUUGAAAAAAUGUCUAACCAAAUCUUUGAACGCUUUUCUCAUUUAUUGAAUGUACUAUGCUCUGAGCAAACAUGAUGAUAAAAAUCUCACUCUUCUAACCUUUAUUGUAUGCCAUAUUUGUCCUAUCAAUAUCACUCAAAAAAGUACAAUUUUAAAAUUAUUCUUGUGAUAUAUUUAUGUUGUAGUUUUCUUCUAAACUACUUUUUUAAAGAAUCGUUCUAAUACUUAUAAGAAUAGUUAAUAAAUGUAAUUGGUUGACCAAUUGGAAUCAGUAAUAUGUAUAUUAUAUAGAAGUAAUGAAUUAAUUUUUCUGUAGAUUGUCGUAGAACUCAUAAUGAUUUCCCAAUAUUUAACUUUGCUUUUUCUAAUUACCAUUCCCUGCUAUUUAUAUUCAACAUAUUUGACUGAUUUGACUUAGUUUUCCUAAGAGUGUGAGGUUGUGAAAAUAAAAUUUUGUUUCUUUUGCUCAAUCUUGAGUCAAUUUACAAAGCCACGGUCAAUAUUUACAUCUUACAAUAUUAUAUCGUGGAAAAACUCGUCUUUAAAUUCUAUUUAGAAUAUGAACUAUUGCUUUUUCAAUCAUUGCUAAAAAGCUUCAAUUUCCAAUAGAAUAUUGCCUAUAUUUGUCAUUUUUUCCACUGAACUAGAAGUGCAGCUAUUAUGAAUUAUUCAAUAAAUAAUAUUGAAUUCUCUGCGAAUUCUAGUUCUUUAAAUUUAUAUUAGCCUAUUUUUUAUCAACUGAAAAUGUUGAAUAUUUCAAUAUUUUAUUCGUUCCUAGACGACCAGAUAUGUUGGAAAAAUUCAACAUACUUCUGGUUUGAAUUCUAGUUAUUUUGUAUUGAGUCAAUGCUCAAAUGAUAUCAAUAAAAAUUGAGUUUUUUAUGAUUUGUAUGUAUGUUGUGAGAUGUUAUAUAGAUUUAAUAGUAGAUUAAUUUGCUUUUGAAUUGUGUUUAAGUAAUUAUGAUAAUCUAUCAAUAAAAUUAUGAUACUUCAAAACCUUCGUUUACGUAGGAGAUUAAUUCCCGAAUUAUAAAUUUCCACUUGUUUUUGUUUAUGGAAAUGUAUGAUCAGUUUAUAUAAAAUCAACAAGAAAAUUGUUGAAAAAGUUUGAAACACUAUAUUAUAAAAUUAUAAUAUGUUACAUAAUAUACGUCGAUGAUAACCUACUUAUGUCUAAUAAUAUGAGUAGAAAUAGUCAAUGUAUAACAAUCUCUACAUUUCUUGACCAUUGAUGUUAUUGAAUUUUAAAAUGUAAACACUAUUAUUGUACAUACUAUUGGUGAAGUAAAAAAUAUACACCCUCUUCUAAGUAUCAAAUACUGGUUUAAAAACUCAAGGCAGUAGAUAGGUAUACAGUACAACACCAGAUUCACAUGGAAAGAUUCAUCUGUCAGGAGCAUGUGUAUCGUGUAAAUAUCAUUCCAAUUUGACAGUAUUUUUCUUACUGCAAAUAUCUUUAGAGACUGUGAAUAACUAUAAUAUUUUGCUCUUAUUUAGACUCGAUUUGCCAAAGUGAUAUGAAAAUCAUCCUUUGGAUACCUAAUUUGUUCUGUCGUUGGUGGUCUACAUUUUUUAAAUGUAGAACCAACAAUGUAAAACAACCUCAUCUCAAUGGCGUUUCUAAUCUAACUCUUGUAAAUACAUAUACAUAAAUGAAUAGAUAUUAUAUGAUUGAAAUUAAAAUUUAAGAAGUUAAUUAUAUUACUCGCAAUUCUUAUUAAACCUGUAGACUAAAUUUCAGAAUGUGAAAGACAAAAAAGUACAACACUGUUUUUUACAAGUUGGGAGUGAUUAUAUUUUAAAAGAAAACAUAUUUUAAUACUUGAUGUCUUUCAAUAUAACAAAAUAGUGAUAGUAUAGUGAGGAGUUGAGUCAUCAAAUUUUGCGUAUUCGACCUAUCUAUGAUUUAUUGUACUGGUGAAUCACUAAAGCUGUGAAAAGCUUGGAGCACACAUAUGCAUUAAAAGGAACAAUAUUUUGAUGAUUCUAUAAAAUUAAUGUAGAUGUACUUUCAUUUCCAGUUUUGUAUUAAUGUAUUCAAUAAUGGUUGUUCACAAUUUUAAUGAUCAUUGUAUUUUGAUCUGGAAUAUAAUACAAACAAUAAAUUUAAAAAUGCA